AUGCUGGUUGUGGCUUUUCUAAAAGAUAUUUUAAAAUAUUUGAAUGCGCUUAACACAGAGUCACAAGGAAAUGAAAAAUUAGUAUGUGAUCUGAAACAAAGCAUGUCUGCUUUUCGUCGUGAGCUGAAUAUCUUUGAAAAAGAUAUUGCACAACAAGAAUUCAUUAAUUUUUCAACUAUUCUUGAAUAUAAUAAAACUAAGGAGUACUCUGAAGAAGACAUUGCAGUGUUUGUAAAAUUUCUGUGCGAUCUUAGGAACGGAUUUCCUUCAAGAUUCCAAGACUUUGCACAGGUAAGCAAACUAUCUUUAUUUCUAAAAUCACCAUUUGAAGUUGAUGCAGCGGCAGAAUAG